UUGUUUCUUGCAUUGGAGUUACGAUCUAUAACAAUGCAACUCGUAAGGGUUUGAAUGGUCGCUAUAUGGAGGUGUGGGGCUAAGGACAGCUAAGUCUCCUGCAGACCAUCACUCACACAAAUACCGGUUGGCAGACCACAAUGCAACACGUUUUGGAAUAUGCAUUGGAUCGGGCUGAGUACAUUGUUGAAAGUGCUCGUCAAAGGCCAGCGAAGAGGAGAGCCUCAUCCGGAGGGAAGAAGAGUUUAUACCAGAAACUAUACGAGCUCUACAUCGAAGAGUGUGACAAAGAACCAGAGCUCAAGAAGCUGCGUAGGAAUGUGAACCUACUGGAGAAGCUAAUGUGUCAAGAGUCAGUGUCGUGUCUGGUCGUCAACCUCUACCCUGGCAACCAGGGAUACUCCCUCAUGCUCCGUGGCAAGAAUGGAUCUGACUCUGAGACGAUCCGUCUGCCAUAUGAGGAAGGCCAGCUGUUGGAGUACUUGGAUGCUGAGGAGCUUCCUCCUAUCCUGGUGGAUCUCUUAGAGAAGUCCCAGGUGAACAUCUUCCACUGUGGCUGUGUGGUAGCUGAGGUCCGAGACUACAGACAGUCUGGCAACACUAAGAUGCCCUCCUUCCAGAGCAGACACGUCCUGCUACGGCCCACCAUGCAGACACUGAUCUGUGACGUCCAUGCCAUGACCAGUGACCACCACAAAUGGACUCAGGAUGAUAAGUUCCAGUUGGAGAGCCAGUUACUGCUGGCCACAGCAGAUCCUCUGUGUCUGGAUCCAUCUAUCUCUGUCACCUGUACAGCCAACCACCUGCUCUAUAACAAGCAGAAGAUGAACACUCACUCUAUGAAACGUUGUUUUAAGCGUCACUCUCGGGCGGCGUUGAACCGUCAGCAGGAGCUGUCCUACCUGCCCAUGCCCCCCCAGCUGCGUCUCUAUGACUACCUGCAGAGGAGGAAGGAGAGGAAGCCGGCCCCCUCGAUAGACCUGAAGAUCUCAAAGGCCGGAAACUGUGUGGACAUGUGGAAGCAGAGCAACUGCCAGCUGACUGUCCCCAAGGAGAUUGAUGUGGAGAAAUACGCAGUGGUGGAGAAGUCUGUGAAGCUGGAGGAAUCUCAACCCACUGUAUGGCCUGCAGAGGAAGUGAUAGAUGAUUAUACGUUUGAGUGUGAGGUUGGGGGUAAGACCCAGAGGACCAAGGUGUCCAUCUUCCAGUCGGUGGGCGACCCUCUGGUCUACGGAAAGAUCUACUGCGCCAAACAACCCAAAGUUGAGGAGGACAGCAGCGACCUUCAGAUCCUACACCCAUCUUUCCUAAUAGGCUCAAAGAUAGAUGCCAGUCGGUUCCUGUCCCAGUAUAAAGGUGUGUAUGAGUCAGACGUGAAGUGCCAGGUGAAGAUGUCUCAUAACUCAGGAUUUGUGGGACGGAACCGGCUCUCACCCAGCAGAGAGACAGAGGCGGAUGGUCUAUCAGCCCUGGUUCAGUCGUCGGGUGUGUUGGGGAAGGGGGUGAAGCACCGGCCUCCCCCUAUCAAACUACCCUCCGCGUCGGGCAGCAGCUCCACGGGUAACCUGUAUAGUUCAGCCCAGGCUACCAGUGGUCUCCUUAAGUGUCCUACGCCCCCCCCAGGACCAGGCCCCGGCUCAGCCAAGCCCCAGUCUCUGAGUAGGAAGCACUCUGUGGAGCUGGGGCAGGGGUUACAGCUGGGCGGGCAGUUAGGACAGGUGGGGUUGUUGUCCCCGGUAGCCCUAUCUCCCAUGGGGACAACACAGAGAUCGGGGACCCCCAAGCCCUCCACCCCCACCAGCACCCCCUGUUCCACCCCUCACCCCCCGACUCCCUCCUCUCCCUCUGUCCCCUCCCGUCCUGUCACCCCCACCCCCCUGGAGCCCCAGGCCCUCCUGGCUCCGUACCCUCAGCAGCAGCAGCUGUCCCAGGCUUUGCCCGUCAUGACCAUCCCUCUUCCCAUCACAGCGGGGACCAGCUCCUCUCAGGUCAUGGCUAACCCUGCUGGACUCAACUUCAUCAACGUGGUGGGAUCUGUCUGCAGUCCCCAGACUCUGAUGAAUUCUAGUCAAAUGUUGGGUCCUGGUCUCAACCUGAGUGGUCUAGGAGGACUGAUGCCUACCAUGCAACCAACCACACAAACAGGGAGUCCAUUUGGUUUGAACACUAGUCCAGGCCUUAGACCCCUCAACCUGCUACAGAUCCCUACAGGUCCUCUGAUCUUUAACUCUCUGCAGCAGCAGCAGCUCUCCCAGUUCUCUCCUCAACAGAGUCAGUCUGCUACGUCUAGCCCACAGCAGCAAGGAGACAUGGGUGAUCAGGGGUCAGACCAGGGUGCUCAACAGACUGCUGUCAUCAACCUGACUGGAGUAGGAAGCUUUAAGUCCCCACAGACAGCAGUGCUGUCCCAGUUAGGCUGUGGUCUGGAUGGCUCUGGUCCCCCCCUGCCUUCUCCAAGGCUUCAGCAGCCGCAGAUACAAUUGCAAUUCUUGCACCAAAUGCAGCAGCAAAUGGCUAUGAGGGGGGCGGGGCCUCCGGGGGUGUCGCCACGGCUACAUACCGCCAGCCAACCAAGAAGUAAGAGGAAGAGGAGCACACCACAGCCUCACCCCUAAU